GAGAAGUGGUCAAGAUUAAUAAAAACAACACAGCCGUAAUAGUCACUGCGCCAAUAUUUACUGAGAUAUGUGUAGAUAGAAAAAGAAAAAGUGUUUUGCAUUUUUUUAACCCGUUAACCGUGUAUUAUGAAAUAACCUGUUAAGACUGGUUAUGUAUUGUAUAAAAACUGGUUAUUCAAUUAACCGGUUAUUUUUGCCCAUCCCUAUUUCAUAACUCUCUUCGAAUCAUAACCUAACCUUUAACAUUUUCCAAAACACUUCCCAUGAUAUCAUCAACAAAAUCUCAAGUUUCAUCAUUCAUCGAGACCCUUUAAGUAUACCAACCAAAUACAUACCUGAUGCCCGUUAUCCUUUUAUUGCCCCUUUUCAGAUACCAUCCACACAUACACUUUAGAUUCUAUUCAAAAUCAUCAAAACACCACAUUCUGGAUUUACUAAAAAGCAUGCCCAAAGAGCCAAAACACAUCGCUGAAGCUCAGCAGCAACGAAAGAAGAUUAAAGAGAGGAUAUCUAAAUAUGUGCCUGGAAAAGUCACACUUCAAGUGCUUGGGAGUGGCGCUAGAGGUGCACCUAGAGCAUUGUAUAUGUUUUCAGACCAGUCGAGGUACUUGUUUAAUUGUGGAGAGGGAACUCAAAGACUGGCCCAUGAACAUAAAAUGAAAUUAGCUCGACUUGAGCAUAUUUUUAUCACUCAACCAGUGUGGAAAAAUAUUGGGGGCUUACCAGGUACAGCGUUGACAAUACAAGAUGUUGGAGUUCCUGAGAUUACACUGCAUGGACCACCUGGGCUGGAUGAAAUAUUUGGUGCUACAAAGAGAUUUGUAGUCAUAAGAGACUUGAAGAUUCACAUGGCACAAUGUAAGGAAUCAGACGAAUUUAGUGAUAAUGUGAUGUCUGUAAAAUAUGUACCACUAACAAUGAGUGCAGAGGACAUCUACAAUGUAGAUGAUACAAUACCAGAAGAUGGUGAAAAAUCGAAGGAUUCAGAAGUAAAUGCAAUUGCUGAUCAGUUGGAUGCCACUACAUCAACUAGGAGAUGUAGAAGUCGGAAGGGAAGAAGUAGAUCAAGUUCUAGGAAUGCUUUACAGAGUGAAGAUAUUGUACAAGAUGAUACGGACUACUAUGCGCACGAACGUAAGAGAAAACGUAGACAUAGAACUCGAUCCAGAACUCCAGAUCGUUCCAGAUCCCACAGCCUUGACAGUGGCAGUACACAGUCAUCAGGCGUGAUAUCAUCAGAUUCCCAACAAAUUCUGCAAGAAACGAAAGAAAAAGGCGUUUCCAUGUGUUACAUCUGCAGGCUGCAACCAAGACCAGGUGCUUUGAACCUUGAUAGAUGCGUGAAGAUGGGCGUACCCCCAGGGCCGUUACUGGGGAAGCUCAAAUCUGGGGAAGAUGUCACUCUCAAAGAUGGGACAGUUGUUUGUUCCAAGGAUGUCUGUGAGCCUGAUGAUCCCGGACCCAUAUUCAUCGUUGUGGACUGUCCAGCUGUGGACUAUAUCGACUCACUUCUGAACAACGAGUCUUUAAAGCAACAUCAGCGUUUUGCAAAGUCGGAUGAUUGUGUCGCCAGUUUAGUGGUUCAUUUUACAGCUAAAGAAGUUAUGGAACAUCCCAGCUACAAGAAAUGGGUAGACGAAUUUCCGCCAAGUACACAACACCUGGUAUUGAAUGAAAGUAAUACAUGUAUGGGCAGUUUGGCGGUACACAGGAUACAAUACAAACUUAACUUACUUUCUGAAGAUAUGUUUCCUUUGCUAGGUGACAGAGGGACACCCACAGUUAAUGAGGUACCGGGUCUUCAUGUGAAUAAAAAACAGAAAUUCGAAAAUGGAAUUGAAAAUAAAGAUGCUAUAAACAAUACGCAAAAUGACUUAGAAAAUUUAUCAGUGCAAUCGAGACCAACUAGCCCUAGUGAACCAUAUAUAUUUCCUAAUACUUUUUGUAGUAUUCAUCUUAGGCCGAACAAAGGUGUAGAUAGAUCAUUAAGUUUGAAACUGAAUCCUCAUGAGUUUAUCAGUGAAACGAUGGAGGUUGAAAAUUUCUCCAGUGUGUUACAGACAUUGAAACAAACUCUCUAUCAGCAUAGAAAAAAUCUAAAUAUAAGGGAAUAUCCAAAAAUUUUAUUUUUGGGAACAGGCUCUUGUAUACCAAAUAAAACGAGGAAUACUAGUGGAAUACUGUUAGCUACAAGUGACACACAGAACAUGCUCCUAGAUUGCGGAGAAGGCACUUACGGACAAUUGGUCCGAUUUUUCGGCCCCGACAACGUGGACGAAAUCCUAAUCAAUAUCAACGCUGUAUACAUCUCGCAUUUACACGCUGACCAUCACAUUGGCCUGAUUGGCUUUUUGCAAGGCAGACGGAGAGCUUUGGAUAGACUGGAUGUGGAUAGGGGUCCGGUGUAUCUGUUCGCUCCUAAACAGAUCAUGGCUUGGUUGAGUUUCUAUGAUCGCUGCUUCGAGAAUAUCAGGAACGAGUUUGUUUUGGUCCCAAACGGGGAAUUGCUAUACAACAACCACAGUAUGUCGGAAACAACCAAUUCGCUAAUACUGCACGAAAUAGGACUAAAGGAUAUCAAGACUUGUUACGUGAGGCAUUGUCCGAACGCGUUUGGCCUAUCCAUCAUCAGCUUAGAUGGCCACAAAUUGACGUAUUCGGGUGACACCAUGCCAGCAAAUUCGCUUGUCGAACUAGGACAAAACAGCGAUGUUCUUAUCCACGAAGCUACUAUGGAAGAUGAGCUGGCUCAUGAAGCAAUUAUCAAAAUGCACUCAACAACAACGCAGGCGAUCGAAAUUGGACAAAAAAUGAAAGCCAAAAAUAUUUUACUGACGCACUUCAGUCAACGAUACGCCAAACUGCCCAGGUUUAACGACAAUUUUGCUGAAAAUGUUGGGAUUGCUUUUGACAAUAUGCAGGUAAAACUGGAUGAAUUGCAGUUACUUCCCUUGUUAUAUCCUGCUCUCAAGACAAUGUUUGCUGAACAUUGCGAAGAAUUAGAGCAUAAGGCUGUGAAAAGACAACUUAAACUGGAAAGAGAAAGAAGUCUUUCAAGAGAUAGGCAUGCCAAGCAGAAAAUGAGCACUUAGCCACUGUUUUUAUAUAUUGAAUGAAUAAAUUCUAUUUAUUACUCGAUGUUAUUUAUUAAAUUAACGAAAAAAAACUUUCAAA